UUUUAUCCGUGUACGUUCACUUCGUUGUACAUUGUUUUUUUGGUCUCAUCCACGGUUAGAUGUAUCUACUCGAGCACGCUGGCAUACCUUGUUGAUGCAAACAUUGGUCGUUCAUCAAUGGCAGUAGCAACUAAUAGUUCUUUCCGUGGUAUUUCUGCUUUUGUCGCUGCUGAGAUUGCUGUUCCUUUACAAGAUGCUAUUGGUGAUGGUGGUUUGUAUACUCUCUGGGCAUGUGUGAUAGUCGUCAUCGAGUGCAUGAUUCUGCUGGUGUUGUACAAAGGCAGGAAGUGGAGAGAACUUGAAGCUAGUGUGGAACGGGAGAAGCAGAAGCUGGAUGCCAAGUAAGGGUAGACGAUCAAU